AUGAAUGGAACAGAAGCUGCUUUAGCGAUUGCUUCAACAGUUACUGGAGAAAACUUUGAACCUCAGACUAAACGGCAGAGAAUGGAGAGUCAUGGAGAAGAACAGAUAAUGAACUUCACUCAGACACUAAUACCUCCUACAAGCAUUGAAAAUAUUAAGUUAGGUAAGAAAUAACAAUAAUAAAAACCCCAAUAUUUGAACCCCAUAUUAAAAGACAUAGUACACCUUAUUUAUUAAAGCUGGUUUACAUGGUAUGAUUUUUUGGUCUUCUAUAACUAUUUAAUAAGCGUUGAUCUUUGUCUCAUCAUGCAACACUUCUCCCAAGCAUAAUUAUUGCAAGGAGCAUUGCAUGGCAAGACAAAGGAAUGGUCGGCCUGCUUUGCAACUGAUUUUUAAACAAAUUGUAAAAGACAAAAACAAAACUUAGGCUGAUUUCAUAAAAUCUGGUAUGUCUGCUACAGUGUACAUUGUGGAGAUUUUAGACUGAUGUUUCAUUUUGGUGAUAUAGCUGAGAAAAACAUCUCUUACUUCUUAGUUUUGGUUUUACCAAAUAAAACAAGUCCAUUCUUACAUCACCCAUUUACUAAAACAUCAAUUAUUGAUGUUUUAGUAAAUGGGUGAAGACAAUUUUCUUGAUGCUGUCCACAUCUACAGCUGUAGUGUCAGUUACAAUAAAGCUGCUGUGGCACCAAAAAACAGUCCCUAAUUUCUGUGGAUUUUAUAUAAGCCGGUAACCAAAGGUUUUGAAUUUAUUGUUUGCAUCCAUACAUAGUUGUUCAGAUUGCCAUUUUUAUCAUACUCUACAAACUCUUAUAGUAUCAAAGUGCUUAUGAAGUCAUAUCAUGCUGACACCAAUGUCCUCUUAAAAGUGACUGCUCUCAUUGAGGCCAUUUUCUCAAUCCUUGGUGGGAAAAGGCCUUCAUACAUGUAUUAUGCAACUUUUGACCAUGUGAUCUAUAAUACAUGUAGGAAUCUAAGAGUCAUAUUCAUUCUCUGAUUCAUUAUAGAUCUGCUGGUUCAGCCUGAAAAAUGCUGGACAAAAUGUUGUGAACGGGGUAGAGAUAGAAAAAUCUAGAAUUCUCAAUCAGGUUGCAGAAUUUGUCACCACUGUCACCUUGACCCUUGACCCUUCAGUUUGGGUUCCCUCUAGGAUGAUGUGGAAAAAGGCUUACUGGAUGUUAUUCCUCUCUCUUUCUCUCUGGAAGUUUCUUUUCAGGAGCCCUUUUAAUUUUUCACAGUAUUGUUCCCUAUACAAUUUUAUGUCUGAUUGGUAAGCUGUGAUAUUUUUAAAAAUUUACAGCUGCAAGUGAAAGUUCCAAACCUUCUAAUGAAGACGUCAAGUGUGUUGUCAGCCAGGCUCCAGCCGAUCUACCCAGCAUGGAAAGCAUAACAUUGACCAAUGAAAAGUUGACCCAUCAAGCUUUAAAAGAUGAAGUUGUAAGAUCACAGGAUAAAAGUGAUGUCAUUAAUGGGCAACCACAAAAUAACAAUAUAAGUGAUAACAAGAGUGAUGACAUAAAGUCAAAAGAUGCUGCAGUGGAAGUGAAGAAGGAGAAGAAACCUACUUUUGAAGAUGAUGAUCCAUUUGCAGCUUUGGACUGGAAGGAUGGCAUUGCUACUUUGCCAGGUACCUUAAUAGCCCCUUAUUGUCUAUCAUACAUUUACUAAGAUUUUUAUGAUAUCUUCUUAUGGUUUCUUAUGAAAGUACUAGUAGCUGGGGUAAUGCUUAUAGAAGACAGGGCAUAGACCUGAUCCCCAUCCCUUUGUAACUGCCCCAGGUCAGAAAAAGCACAGUCUUGCUAUUAAACCUCAAUUCCCUAAAGAAAUGAAUAAAAUUCCAAUUCUGAUGCUCCCAUCAUUAUUCAAUAUUGAUUUAUCACUUGGUGAUCAUUAAUCCCUUGUAGGUUUUGAACCACUUUUCGGUUGGUUAUAAAGAUGAUCACCAGCUCGAUCCUCCCUGUGACCAUACUAGUGUGCUUUAAAAUAUUAAAAGAUAUAGGUAUACUUUGGGACUGACCAUAGCAUAAGACAAGUAUGAGCAGCAGGUUUUCACUAUUUUUGAAAAGUAGAAGGCUGUCUAAGGCUGAGUUGAUGGGGGACUAAGUUGAAAAGGUGUUUUUUAGAGUCAUCUUUUCCAUUUUGCUUGAAGACAGAGAACACAUGUGGCGGUACCUGAGUCUCGGCUUCUAAUAAAACCCCUGGAGCAGUAUGAGGAAAUUGUGAAUCUGGAACCAUCUUGUAUCACACAGUUUUCUCAGGUUUAAGCGGUCACUUCCCUUUUUCUUUUCGAAAAAUUUCCUCAGUUUACAGCCAAGUAAUUAUGGCAUUUGUCUUUUCAUCACAUUUUUCCAGGAUCUGUUUAUGCAGAUAAUGCAUAUUAUAGUAGUGUAUAUAUCUAUAAAAAAAUAAUCAAAACAAAUAAUUAUUUUGUUUUAAUUGGGUUUUGGAAAAUUAAUAUAUACUGCUUUUUAAUGUCUAGGGUAAAUAUGCAAGUACUUUAUUGCUUAAAAUAUCCACUUGAUUAAAAACAUAAAAAAAAUCAAAAUUAGUUCAGCAUGUUUGCAAAGAUCUUUCAGGUUUCAAACAUCAAAAAAUAAAAGAUAAGGUAAAGUACACCUAUUGAGUUUUAAGCUCAAAACGUUUUUCAAAAUCAUGAUUGCGUGAUUAGUGCAAAAGGGAAAUUUAUGAUGUAGCCAUAGCAACAGUGAUCUUUACACAUGUAAAGAUAACAUGUUAUCUUCACGUGUGAAGAUAUCAUGUUCUCAUGUGAAAGCUCACCUGGUAUUUCAUUGGUGGUUAUAUAACAAAUAAAUAAAUAAAUAAUAUAAUAUGUUGCAAUAAUUAGCGAUAAAUUGAUAAGGUUGAGUAUGAGUCUAGGAGGGUGUAAUCAGCUGGGGCGGAUAACACCCUCUCAGAUUUGCAUAUACAGAUCAUACAAAAGCCAAACCCAAUAUUGCUUUAUUAUAAUUUUCUAGUUGAAAAACAAGCUAAAUAAUGCUUACUCUGAUUGAUGUUAAGUUUCUGUCUUCAUUUGCCUGUUUUCUCUGCAAGUUAAGGAUUAAGAAAAUGUUUAGUCUGGUAGAUAUUCUUCGAAAUAGCAGAUGUCAUCCGUCAAGAUGUAUUCUUGCUGUUCUUGCUUUGUGUUUAGGCAAAAGUCUCUUCUUUGCAAAAUUUGUGAAAUGCUCAGCCAUUUUCUGCUACCCUACCAAAACAACACAACCUCGUCCCAGGGUUUAAUUUUUUGGUUAUUUCUCGGUACAGUUUUGACAUCAUUUUCCAGAUAUCACAACAAAAGGUCUUCCAAAUUUGUUCAACGGUAGUUGAUGAUAACUGAAGAAUUAGUUGUGAGAUUUGAACCAAUCUCAUUUCAAGUAUUCUGAAGGAAAAACAAGAUACGACAUAUUAUUAUGUACAAGUUAACAUUUUUUGAGAGGGCUUAUUGAAUGCACUCUUUGUGUGCUGCUCUUUGUUUAAACCUAGUGCUGCUUUGCAAGUCAUGGUCAUUGACCCAUGUAGGGAAGUGACAUGCAAAAUAUAUUACUGGUAUGAAUGCUCACUCCUCUGACACAGCAGCCUGGCUUUCUUUUACUUUCUUCUCCGGAAUGCUGGCAUCCUUAAUAUUAUAGAACAAGUAGAACGUUUGUGUAAAAUUUACCAGACAGUCAUGGUAAACACUGACUGAUCACUCCAAGUAUUAUAAUAUAUAUAUAUCUUUGGGAGUACGGUAAAUGAUCGAUUAUUAGCGCCGCGGUUCUUAUUUCAUUUUCCCUGAUUACGUGCGGCACUUAUACAAGAGCGGCGCUUAUUUCAACUGCGGGUAAAACACUGAGUGGAAUAUAGAGAGAAUUAAGUGAAGCGUGCGCUAGGUAUGCGCAAUGUAAUGUAAAUAAUAUUUUGUACACCUUGAACUGUUAUAUGAGCCCGGUUUGAGUUUCCCUUCAUUAAAUCUUUAGAACUCUUGAGUUGGUCGAGGUCAGUAUUUCUCAAGCAAUAAGGUUUUGACAUCUCUUUAUAUGAAGUGCCAUAACAAAGGUGCGGGGCGUUAAUUUGUAAAUACCCAAUAGUGCUGCGGCACUAAUUUGAGAGGGGCGCUUAUUAAAAUAUUUUCGGUAAAGGUGCGGCACUUAUGCGAGAGCAGCGCUUUUUCUAGUAGCGGCACUUAAUCAAUCAUCUACAGUAUCUAUAAUUUCUACAUUGUAAAUUCUUAGCUUUUAGAAUAUAGAAUGGAAUUAUAUAAUAACAGCUAAGCUGGUUUAAUUUGAGAAAAUCUGCUGAGAUCUGCAGCUGUACAAAGGUCAGGGCUGUGCUCUAGCAGAGCCUGGUGGCCCCUGGUGCCUAACUUUUGCCCUCGGGCGACUAGAAAAUCUUAGAUUUUUCAUACAAAUCAUAUGCUGGGCACCCUAGAGCUGGACUCCGGGCUGCUCCACCCACUGGGCUCCCUUCAAUUUUUCUUAGAGCACAGCCUUGAAGGUGGAACAAAAAUCUUAGUCACUCAAGGCAGGAUAACAGGUUAAUGAAAUAGUAACCAUGCAAGUGUGCGUACGUGGGUCUCACUGUGUCUGCUUGCGGCAGUUGACUCAUUAUUAAAGCUCAGGGAUUAAAAACACAAUUUUGACACUAUCUAUCAUUGAUUAAACACACGAUCAUUAAUAAACUAUUACGUUGUUAUAUCAUGAUGGCUUUCUUUUAAUUCAGCUAGAUUUUUUCAUAAUAGAAAAAAAAUUUUCUCUACAUUCACCUCUCUCACUCAUUUACAGGGAGUAACUUAAAGUUCAAGCUAACUGAGUUUGGCACACUGGAAAUAAUCAGUACAGUGGAAACAGAGAAAGGAGAAAUAACCUGGAGCACUCAAACUGAACAUCGUAAAUCCACCAGUGAGGAAACUAAUGAAACUGUUACCAAGGAAACAGCUACUACUGCCAGUAAAAAGGACAAAGGUAUGUAGGAAUUUACUUUUAACCCUCGACUAACCCUUGAAUUCUGCUCAUUGUCAGAUUUCAUAUUGCGUUUGAAUGCUUCAAAAUGAGAAGAGAGAAGGAAGACAAAAAGUAGCUAAUAAUAUUACAAUAUUGUAACUAUGGACAACAGACUAUAAACAGUAGACAAAAUUUUAUUUGGGGUCUUGUACCAGCUGGUACAUCAACCGUUUUCCCAAUAAUUUAAAAUUAAAAUAUAUGCUAAGCUAUUUUUCACACUAUACAUAACUUAACUUAUUACAAAUAGAGAAAAUUACAUAUGUAGACAUAUUUUGAGCUACUUUUUGUCUUCCUUCUCUCUUCUCAUUUUGAAGCAUUCAAACACAUGCCUUGCUAUUAAUUUUUGGGUGACAUUCUAUUCACUCUUAUUAGAUGCUCAUUUUUCAAGUUAUGGAUCAAGAGGUGCUUACAUGUACCCACCCCUCCCCUACCCCAGGGUGUUCAGUAGGCAUUGGAGAUCGGAGAAUGGGGCAGUUUUCCAAAUAGUUAAAAAUAUUACAAUAUAUGCUACACUAUUUUUUACACUAUACAUAAAUUAACUUAUUACAAAUAGAGAUAAUUACAUACACAAAGACAAAAGUGUCUGUGUGUAUGUAAUUAUCUCUAUUUUUAAUUAUUUGGAAAACUGCUGAUGUAUCAGCUGGUACAAGCCCCCAAAUCAAAUUUUGUCUAUUGUUUAUAGUCUAUUGUCCAUUUGGACAUGUAUAGGAUUGGUGCUGAAGUUGCAAAAUGUGGCCAUUCCCUUAUUGUAACUUUGCCCCAUUUACUGGGGAUAAACAAGACUCUAACGAACUAUGGCUCAAGUAUUGAAUAUUGCUUUACGGUAUGUCUGAGGAACUUGAAGUUUAAGAAUAUUGGAUAAGUCUUUAAAAAAUUAAUAAGCAUCAGAAAGUUUGUGACAUCAUUCAGAUGAAUUGUAUAGGCCAAAAUUUGUGCCUCCAUGCCAGGACGUGUACGAGAGAAAUGGCUAGAUUUUGUAACUUUCACUGGGCCUGUCUUGGGAUGACGAAUAUCUUGUGUAAGCAGUCUUUCAAAAAGGAUGUUUAUUUAGCCAUUCUUGUUUGGGUAAAGUAAAAUACCCUGCAUAGUUCAGAUACACCAAAAGCCAUAACUGGUUCAAAAUUGUUUGGGUGAAGUAAAAUACCCUGCCAAGUAUGGAGGCACUAAAAACCGUAAAGUAAUAUACCCUGCCACUACAGAGAGGCUAAAAACCAUUACUGGCUCAACCUGUUUGGGUAAAGUAAAAAACCCUGCCAAGUACAGAGAGACUGAAAGCUAUAUCCGGUUCAACCUGUUAAUGGGGAAAGUAAAAUACCCUGUGAUGUAUAGAUCGAGAGACUAAAAACCAUAUCCACUCCAUAAAACUUGUUAGACCUGUGUGCAAAACAAAAGGCUCAAAGCUACUAACUGGUUGAACAGCAUGCCACUGUAACCUUUCUAUCCUCCUGGAAUGUAUUUUUCUAAUUUUGUGAAUGAAAUGAUUAUACUAUACUUACUUGUAGAGUUUUCACUACAGAAAUGAUCUAUCCCUUGGAGAUAUUGGUUCUGUGUUCAUUUUAGGAUUUUUUAAUGGGGUCCUUGGGUUUGAUCCUUCAACUGGGUGGCUUUCAAUCAUAAUGUCUUCCUUGUCCAGGCAUCUCAUGUCUUCAAAUGCGAGGCAAGACUUACUGAAAUCAUAAAUUUUUGAUUCAAUGUAGUCUGUAUAAACUUUUAAAACUAUUAUGUCCCUCGGUUUGCGUUUGAAACAGUUACGUUCAACGUUAAAAAACUGUUGCCAAAAUGCUUUCUCUCUGGUUCUUAAAGUAUCCUGUUUUUGUGUCGCCUAAUGUAAGAGAAUCCAAGACAGUCUUGUCUGGCGGGAUUUUCGCGCCGGAUUCCAGUUUACAGGUACUGGAAUUUGAAUUUUUAUCAGUGGAACUUGAACUCCGCGUUCCAACGUUCAGUGUGAUUCCGGAUUCCUUGAGGUGUAUUUCGGAUUCCAAAGCCCAGGAUUCCGGAUUGUGCAGCAAAAAUUUUCCGGAUUCCAGAAUAUGGAUUCUCUUACAUAACGUGAUUUGUGCGUGUCUCUUACAUUGAAUACAUUUGCUAUUUGGACUAGUGUCUCCCAAGAAGUCGAAGACAGCGAAUGGUCCCCAGACACUAAUGAUAUACUGUGCUGUGAGGUGUGUGGAAAGUAUGGACUGCGACAGGAAUUCUCAGCAUCAGGGAGAUUCUGUAGCUUGUCCUGUGUGGGUGUCUACACAGGCAGAAGAAACAAAGGCAGAGAGUUUGUACGAAAGGUCAAAACUUCGGAUGGCAAGAUUGUGAAAAAGAAGAAGAAAGGAAAAGGAAAGAAAAUGGGAAUGGCAGAAAAACUAGCCACGACAGCUUAUGUAAGUAAGCUUCUUUAGUUAUAUCCUUGCAAAAACGUCUAGCAGUCCCUAGGGAUUGUCAGACUACCAUCACGUAUCCUGUCUAGCGGACAGUUAAUUGGAGCACGAUAAAGAAAAAAGCAUGGCUGGGCCAAGAGAAUCAGCGCCGAAGUCGCGAAUUUUUCUCGCGCUCCAACGAAACGUCCGGCUUUUUAAGUGUUAAAAGCCUUAAACAUCUAGAAUUGAAAUAAAUUUUAAAAAGCUUUGAGAGUUUCAUAUGUACAUGUAGAAUGAAAACACUUCUCAUGUUUUCGUCUUUCACUGGUAAGCUUUGGUUUGACCAAAUAAGUUGGAGCCUCUUUUCCAGUUAAUCAAUGGAUACUGUCCCGUGUUUUCCCGCCCUGGAAUGUCUGUGGUGGUUAUUGGCUAGUAACUGUAUAUAAGUAGGUAGUUAAAGAUCAGUAAUGGUUUAAGGAACUAAACAUUAACACCUGUAGACGUGUUUGAUUUGUCUACAUACAAAAAAUAUAUACGUGCGUAUAUAACCUUAAGUCUAUUUCACCUCGAAUUUCAGAGUAGCUACAGAAGGUUUGAUACCACGCAAAUAUUACAGUUUGUACGGCGAUUAAUAAACAUAUUCCUCAUAUAUAGGUCGGAUACUGACUGAAAAAUAGGCUCUUGUAGACUGAUAUUAAAAAAUUCUGAAGGCGCUUGUUAUGUAACGCAGACAUUUGAACCUCAGUCUUACUGAUUUGUUUUGGUUUUCACAGGAUACCGCAGCAGUGCCCCAAGAUCUUCCCUAUAUGGGCAAAUUUAAAUUGAAAAGUAAAGGAGAAAAGCACAAAAUAAAGGCAGCCAAACAGCAAAUUACCAUAGAACCAUCCAACCUGAUAAACGGAGAGGACGGUUAGGUUACUCAGUUUUCUUUCUCUCUCUCUCUUCUUUUAUUUGGCGGAUUUCUCCUUUUGAGGACUGGCCGUGAGAAGUGCGCUCACUGAAUAAUUCGUUGAAAAUUGUGAUGGUGACGAUGAUUGUUGCAAGACAAGUAAAAAGCGAAAUAGCUGCAAUUGUUUGUGAUUUUCCUGACCCAAGUAUCUUAAACUACUGGCCCUAGUUGUUCGAAGGGUGGAUAACGCUAUCCACCGGAUAAAUUUCUGUUUAGUAGAUGGCGGAAUUGGUUUUCCUAAUACCUAUAAGCUCGAUAGUACCCUGGGUGCCAUAGGUUUCUUUUUCUUUGCUAACUCCUGUUAGUUCGUUGCGAAGCUGUGUUGUUCGCACGGGCUAUUUUAUCCCAGGUAUUUCGAGAACGGACCUCUGGAGAUUGGGUAGCUGGAUAGUGAUAUAUCCGGUGAAUAGCACUAUCCAACGUUUCAACAACCGGGGCCAGGCAUUUUUAUUGAUUGCAUUUCAAAGUGGGAGAAAAAAAAAUUUUUUCUUUGCCAUGGGUAAAGGAUACACUGAAUUGAAAUAUUCGCAGCCCUAAUUGACUUGGCAGUACUUCCCAGUGUAAAAUUUCUGGUAUAAGACCUUAAUAUGCUAUUGUAUUCUUGUUUAGUUCCUUAUGACUCUACCAAACCGUUUGUGUGGUCGGAAUACUUGACAGCUUGUGGCGCUAAAGCAGUUCCAAACAUCGUGUUUAAACAGGUCAGUACUGCUAACACUAUUGACAACAUUGUAACAAUUCUUCUUUAUUGAAGUUAUUGCAUGCAUUUGUUGCCAAAAUUAACAGUAAAAAAUGCUGUUAGCCUGGUUUUGUGAGGAGAAAAUUGAAGUACGGUAAAUACUCGCUUCAUAGGACCAGUUAAUGUGGUUCUCUUUAAUUUCCUGACUUGACAACAACUGGACGAGUUUGAAACUUUGAUUCAGCUCACCGUAUUAAUAAUGGUAAUAAGACUGAGUGGGGUCCAAUUCGGUCUGUACUCAUACGUCAGAUUAAAAUCUAAAGGUCUCCUGGUCUCUAAUGAUAAAAAUGGCGACAAAUAUCAAAACACUCCAGACAUGGCAUAUUUGUCUUUAACUUUUUAGGAGAACCCAUCACUAGAUGUAUUUCCAAAGCCAAACCACUCGUUUAAGAAAGACUACAAACUGGAGUGCGUCGACCCUAAACACCCGUCUUACCUCUGUGUGUGUACGAUUGUCAAAGUCAAGGGAGCAAGACUGAGGCUGCACUUUGAUGGCUGGUCUGAGAGUUACGACUUCUGGACAAACUGGGAUUCACCAUUCAUCUUUCCUAUGGGCUGGUGUGAGAAGAACGGACAAGUCUUGCAUCCUCCAAGAAGUAAGUUCUCAUAGUCGGUAACCUUACUCGCGACUUUUACUUUAUGUAUUUUCCAUAGGGGCGUUAGCCUUAAAAAACCCAUCAUGGACGAUCUGCACUGAAUUCUCGGGGAACUCAAAACAAAACUCGACGAGAUUUCCAAAUUUAAUUUAAUUAAAACGCUGAAAAAGAAAUAGUACCAUUUAAGAGUGCUGGUAAAGACGUCUAAUUGAAUGGUCACACCCAUUUCAGUGAAAUGUUUUUAAACAGACGUCUGGAGUUGGUUCUUACCACUCUUUAGUUAUUUUCUUUCGAUUGACUCCGUGUAAGACAAACAUCUUUCUAAGAUUAGACACUUAUGUUACGGCCGGUCCAAACGGUCUCAGACACCCCCAAAUAAACUUGCCUCACCCUCCCAGAGUUUACUGGCUGCUUUUAGUGUUAAUCAUGUCCAUGCCAAAUUCAAAACCUUUCUUUUUUGUUUACCUCUGUCUCCAGGUUUCGCUAAGCAGGAAUUUUACUGGGAGAAAUAUUUGGAGAAAAACGGCGCCAAAGCCGCUCCUGAACAUCUUUUUAAAGAGGUAUGUUGACUUCUUUGUGAAUUCUUUUGAGUUUCCAGUCCUUGUGAAUACUUUCCUUAAUAUCCAGGCCCCAGUUGUUCAAAAGGUGGAUAGCCAGGCUAUCCACUGGACAUGUCUCUGUCCGGUGGAUCUGAACGAAUUUUUUUUUUUAAUACUUAUCCACUUGAUCAUGAUUUAUCCUGUGGAUAGCGCUUCACCACUUUUGAACAACUAGGCUCAGCUCUAGUCACCUUCUGGAUUAAAAACCGUCAUUAGAAAUGGCACUAAAACUCGGCCGAGUUAGUGAGAGGAAACUGUUAUGCAUUGUGAAAAAAAGCGUGCAAAACAGUCUGUGACGUCAUUCAAAGUACAACCUUCUGGCCCUUAUUAUAGCGCUCUCAUGUACCAGUCUAGAAGAUGGCCAAUUUUUUUAAUUCUCUCACAAUAUAAAAGAAGUAUGUAUGAAUUUAAAGGCAACGUGCUAGGUACAGAGGCCGUGCGCAGGUGCGAGGUUUUAAUGCAAGCAAAUUGGGCAUUGUAAUGGUUACUUUGAAGAGUUUCCUGCCAUUAAACGUAAACAUUCACAACCCAGGUUCAACCAACCUCGCACGGAUUCAAAGUUGGCAUGAAGCUGGAAGCUGUAGAUCGCAAGAACCCGGAUCUUAUCUGUGUUGCCACGGUAACAAACGUGAUUGGCAAUCAUUUCUUGGUUCACUUUGAUGAAUGGGAUGACUCCUAUGACUACUGGUGUCAGGAUGACUGCCCAUACAUCCACCCAGUGGGAUGGUGUGCGGAGAAUGGCAAGAAACUUAAUCCACCAAACGGUAGGUGGUCAUCUGGUUUCCAAACUAAAAUUUCUUGGCUUAUCACUUCUUUUUUUCAAUAAGUGUUGAGGACACCCAGGCUCAUAAGUGUUGUUUGGUCAAAGAACGACAGGAGCCAAUCUGAACUAGGGCUUCCUCUGUUUAGGAGUCUGUUCCCAGAGGUCCUACUACAUUGUGAUCCUGUCGAUUGCUUUUUCAAUUAUAAUUUUGUUUUGUUUGUCAGAUGAUGAAGUUUACACUUUUCAGUGGGAGGAGUAUCUCAGGAACACUGGCACCGUGGCUGCUCCUCCGGAUCUCUUCAAAAGGUCAGUUGAAUGUUUAAAUUCCUGAAACCCCCAUCUAGGCCAAAUAAAAAAUAGAUGAAAAAAUAAUAAACAGUACAUAGACACCGGUUUUAAUUUCUGUCUUUUCUUAAAUUUGCUUUGAACAUAUCUACUAGAAGAGGAAUGAAGUUGUUUGAAGGUGGAGGGAACGGCCACUUUCAUAUAGAGUAAUUAUAUUUGGCGGCAAGUUAAAGCGACCAUCACGACGUUUUCGCCUCUUCGCCUCCUUUUUUUACUGGCGACCAUUUUAUAAUUUGAGUCCCCUAAAGGCGACUUUGCAAAAAGUUGAGCUUGGAGCACUGUAGUGGCUGAGGCCUCUUUCAAAAUUCGCAUACGGACAAGGUUAGAGGAAAAGGCUCUUUGUACAGUAAUAGACCUUCCUUUAGUGGAAACGUGAGUCGUGUCUGUAGCUAUCCUCAUUCUUUUUUCCAGCGUCCCAAGCCGAGUUUUAAGCCUCUGGAGAAGCUGGAAGCUGUGGACAAAAGGAACCCUUCCUUGGUGCGCGCCGCCCAAGUGGCAGCCGUGGAGGAGUACAGAGUCAAGGUGCAUUUUGACGGCUGGGAUGACAUCUAUGAUGACUGGUUUGAUGCAGACUCUUUUGACUUGCAUCCGGUGGGCUGGUGUGAGAAAACAGGACAUGCAUUGGAACCCCCUCUCAGUAAGUAUGCCGAGCAACGUUGCGCGUUCUAUCGCUUCGCGGCUCUUCUAAAACUCUAUUCAUACUAGAAUACAUAGCUGGAGGGAUUGUUUUGUGCAGAGUACUUUCUUGGUGGCGAAUUAGUUUUUAAGAUCAAGUAUACUGAUGCGAGCGAGGUUAGUGUGCGCGGGAGUCUUGCCAGAGAAACCAAAAAGUCUUUACACCUACCGUAGUUACUCGCUAAACGACGAACCCAGUCAGAAGUUUGCGCAGGGUUUGUUUAAGAAUUGUAAGAAAAAAAUAACAAGUACGGUACAACUCGGUACAAAUCUGUCACAAGCCAAUCAAUUACAAUUCCCAGGCUAUCUCAGCAAAAAGUGACACAGUUGGAACUGACCUUGAGGGACACUAGUUUUUCACUUGUCAUUAUAACUGUCAAUUACUGCCCUCUCUAAAGUCUCCACUCCACAAAAGUUAUUUGUGUUUUACAUCAUAAUUCCAAAUGAUAAACCUUAGUUGUUGUCAGUGAUUGAAGAAAUUUUCGAUUUUGAAAUGAACGUCGCAUCCGUGGAAACGCUGCAAAUUUUAUAAACGCUGCGGCCUUUAAUCAAGUAAAUACGGUACUCACUACCCAGUAAAUUGAUGUUUUUGGUUUUGUUUUUAGCUAAACGGGAGAAGAUCUCCAGCGCUGCCUGUCCGACCCCUGGGUGUAAAGGUAUCGGCCACGUGAAGGGUGCUAAGUACUCCACGCAUCACAGUACGUUUGGCUGUCCUUACUCACUGCAGAACCUAAACAAAGACUCCUGUCUUGUGGAUCGGCUCUCUAACAAUUCCAUGACUGAGGAAUCGGACUGGUCGUACGCAUCUAAACAGAAAUCUGGCGCAGUUAAAGAAGUUAAACGUAAGUCAUCAUUGUUUUAGUCGCAAGGUGUGAUUCAUUCUGUGGACUCGUCUGAGGUCUAAUAACUCUAAACUCUUAUUUGAGUUUAGGAUCACCAUGAUGCGUAACUUUAAUUUUCCUUCAAGUGUGUUAAAGAACGAAAGUCUCUACUUUUCAUUUUACUUUUCAUGACACAUCUUUUGAACUUUGAUUCCGGCCGCAAAAUGUCGUUUCUCCUCCGAUAAUUUUAGAAUUAUAGGAAGCCGCCUUUCUCAGAAGUCAAAUUUAAAUUCUAGGAAAAACUAGUUGCUUUUAAGUGUUCAAAGCCCUUUGUUCUUUUUGACGUCUAGUAAACUUGUUUGUCUGUCUCUUUUUUCCCUCGAUUUUAGCUGAACCUCCCAGUCCAACUGUAGACGGCGUCUGUCCCACCCCGGGAUGUGAUGGCAUGGGUCACGUGACUGGACACUGGAAGACGCAUUACACGUAAGUUGCUUUCCCCACAAAACUGCUGUGAAUUUCUAUUUCCAUUGUUGCAUGAAAUAGCAGCAAGCAAAUUUGGUAUAGCUGACGUACGGCCGGCAAAAUUUUAUCUAUUUUUCUGGAAACGAACUUGACAGUGAAUCCAGCGUACACCUUGUACUAAGCGCACACGAUCAUCAGCAAAUCUCAAAAUCCCAUAUUUUCUGUAGAAUUCUUUUGGGUUUCGGCUUAAUACAUGUACAGUUUUCGCUGUAUAAUUAUUUUCUGUUGAGAGGUUACAUGGGACAGACGCCGCGUUUUGUUAUUUGCAUGAAAAAGAUUCCAAGGCAAAAUCCCACUUUCAUUCAAAUUGACAUCGGUCCGUUGUCUUUCAACCCGAUUCAGUGCGUCGUAAUCUUUCCAGUUUCUCUUUCCCAUCCGUGUCACUUAGGAUUUUCUCGGGUGCUUACUAUUAAACCAAAAAUGCCGACAAUUUAGUACGGAAGCGCCACCUGUCUUUCUUUUGAUUUCUACUAAGAUGUUCUUUGCCGAAUAUUUUACUCAUAAAUCAUUAUUUAUUUGAUUGGUUUAAAUUAGUUUGUCGGGUUGCCCAAAUAACGAAGCAAACUUCUCCAAGAUUUACACAAAACAAGCGUCCAAGUCUCCUGUGAACAAGAAGACAUCGCAACUUUCCCCUACUGGACUCAUUCCCCCCUCCGCCAGCGGAUCAUUGAAGGUUCCUGUGGGUGGCAGCAUCAUAUCUACACGGAGCUCCUCCAGGUAUAAAACCGGUUUUACUGCUUAAACCUUUUUUAAUUCCUUAAUAAACUAUAUUAGUAGACGAUCUUUUUUAAGCACCAAGUAUCUCUAUCCCUUGUUUUGACAAUCUACGCGUUCUUGGUUAGCAACCACGUUCUAAGAUGUCCAUGCAUACUAUGUUGGUUAAAACAAUGUCACCCUUUUUACGCCGAACAGGCGGGAAAAUAGAGUUUAUUUCCCAGAGGUAGAAUCACUCAUGUUCAGCUUGAUCACCAUCAUGGUCGUCGUGACGCCACGUGCAAACCAGCGACUGUGUAGUUUGUUGUCGCCAUCUUCGUAGAUCAUUAUCGUCUAAGCGUUAUUUUCCACAAGUUGGAAAUUACCCGCAAAUCACUCAAUAAAACAAAUCUUCUCUUUUCUUGCUUCUCAUAUUCUGUUUCUGACUGCGGUACAGCUUCUGUUCCACUGUCUCCUGAGGUUGAUAUUUUUCAACCCUUUUUUUCUAGGAAAGGUUUCACGAAAGAUGACAAACAUCUUGUGAGUCAUUACAGAUGUAAGUAGUGUUUUGCUUAUGUUAACAUUAGCUAGUACUGUAUUUAGUGUAUAAUGCAAUUGGCUCUCUUAACACUGAAAUAUCUACUGGAGAGUGAUUUAUUCGGUGGAUAGCACCAUACAUGCUUUGAAAUAACCCCGGGUAGGAGGCUCGGUGGACGUAGCGUUGACUCUAUUUUGGUUUUUUUAAACUUAAGUGUUCCAAGUAAUGAGUACAGGUCCGAAGUUUAUUGAAUCCUGGUGAGCUAAAUUCCUGCGCCCGGUUGUCCGAAAUCCCACUAUGGCUAAUCCGAGGUUAAAUCUUAAUCCGAGUUCCUGUUUCUUUUGUUCAAAGGAAAUUUUUCCAUCAAUUUUUUCUCGUCAUUUUAACAUCCAAAAAUCAUAUUGUAGGCGAAAAGAGUUAACAGGAAUUUGCAUCUUAAAGAGUUCCGAUUUGAAUUCAAAUUUGGCGUAUAUCCUGGGUUAUCUUUGAGCAGCCAGGCCUGGGCCGCUGGGCCGUUUUCCUGCUCUUAAUAGAGCAUGUGGGUGCGGGAGGAGUCGUGGAAACUCUGGAUUUUCGGGCGCUAAUUGUCCCUCAAACAACUUGGCCCAGAGCAAAACCAGUUGAUUCGACAGAAGCUUACCUGAGGACAAACAUGUUUUUGUUACUGACAGAUGCUGACAAGGCGAUCCAGCAUAGCACCCCUUUCUCGUUCCCAUGGCCCUUAGGAAGUCAGUUCUCAAUGAUGGGUCUUAGCGAGCUCAAGGCCGCCAUUAACUUAGAGAAUGACGGCGUCGCUUCUAGCGAAAGACAGCGAAUCAUGAAAUGGACUAUUGAUGACGUGAUGAGUCACGUGAGAACAAUAAGCCCGGACCAGGCUAAGGUAUUCGGCGAGCAGGUAUGUUCCCACUCUCAAGAAUAGUCUUAUACUGAAAGAAAGACAUGUCACCAAAAAGGUUCAGACAAAGUAAACAUAACAUCCUAAGUGGAUUUCCAUUAUCUCAAUUACCGAAUGAGGUAGACUAACAGACAAAAAGCUUCAGGCUUUCUUUUCGCAUCUACGUAAGUUGCGUCUUAUGAUCUUCUUUUCAUUUAUUUCUUUAUUUUGUUGUUCCCGUAAAUGAUAUUCACAUAUUCAUCAUUUCAUGUCUUCAUCUCUUCUGGGUAUAUUACGAACCAAUAUUAAUGACCAGCUCCCAGUUGGCUUGCUGAGCAGGUUGUACUGGUUAUAGCGCUGCACCAGUAUCGCAGAGGUCAGAGUUCGAAUCCCGGCAAGCCUGAAUUUUUUCAGUCUUUCCUUUCGCUACUGCAUAGGUUGCGUCUUUAACUACGACAAUCUUCUUGGUAUUUGUUUAAACGGACUUUUUAUACUUAUUACGCUUUCUUCUUAAUGAACUAAUGUUUUUGAUGUUUCUUUCAGCAAAUUGACGGUGAAGCGUUUCUCCUUUUGACGCAGAAUGAUAUGGUGAACAUUCUCAAGCUGAAGCUUGGACCAGCACUUAAAAUAUUCAACACAAUACCUAAACAUUGAUGCUGUGUGGGAGGCGUCGCAGUAGUAUUACAACAGACAUCUCGUGUCGUGCCGGAUCGAUUCAAUUAACUUUUUUAAGUGUAAGUUACAAGUGUAGCUGUUGCUUUCAAGGUGUAGGAAACCAAUGGCUUCGCUUGAAAUUACAUUUGAAAAAGCCGGUUUUAUCGAGUUGUACCUUUCGUCAAAACUCUUUCAAUCUUAACCCUUCCAAAUUUUCGAGGGAAAAAAUCUCUUCCGCCAAGUUUCUUAAUCUUUCACCAAUUAAUACUGUACCCCUAGCUCAAAGGCUUGAAAAAUGCAAGAAAUUUGUUUCUCACUAUUAGGGCUCUCUGCCAAUUGAACACUCCAGACCAGGAUCAAAGGUAAAAGCUCUUGGCAAAUUCAUUUAGCUGUUCAAAGUCUAACUACAAAACAUGACGUGAACCAAGAUUUAAUUAGUCUAAGAAGAUUAAGUUAUAUUUCGUGUAUGCAUACAUACAACGUCCUUUAUUUAACACGAACGGUGACGUCAAAAGCCCGUAGCUUACACAGCGUCUGAAUUCUUUUAUGUGAUAUUUUCUGGGCCUACUCCGUGGCUGACUGUUUGCUUUUGAAGAAUUAAGACGGAAUCCAUCAGGAAAUUGAGUAAUUUUAAUUUUUCAAAACCUUGUACCGGGAUAAUUUAAACCAUAUCGCAUUCUUUUUCGCAUUUUUGAAAGGCUAUAGAUAUAGUUAGUCAGCUGUAAUAACACCGAAGACAAUGAGUUAUGGGAGCCUGAGAAAACGAAUUUUAAAUUUCACAGGAAUUGUAAAAACGCAAGUAAAAUUUCAUGCGUAAGAUUUCAUUUUGGUCCAUUUUGUGAAAUUAGAAAUUUAUUUUCUCGGGCUCCCUUAAGAAAUUUUUUUGCGUUAUUUUAGAGAACUAAUUUCAUCUGUAACUCUCGAAAAGAGUGAAAAUGAAUGUAAUAUGCUUUAAAUCAUACUGGUUCAGGUUUUUGUCCACUGGCAAUUAAAAUUACUCAUUUUCUUGAUGGAUUCCGCCUUUAAAAUUUAAUUUGUCGCGUUCGUCAGAACGCAUCCUAAUCUUGCUGUUUGUGUGGUACAAAGCCACAAAUUUUCGAGGUUUCGAGGGUGACUGCCGAUUGGCCACCCCUACUGAUUUAAACAGGGGGAUCUCGGCCGGGAAACUGGACCCUUCUACUCGAUUUCGUUUGCGUAAGUGACGAACGCGGAUCCUUAGUCAGUGAUUACUUCUAGUUUUGGAUAGAGCCCUUUGGGUUGGGCGUAGAGGAACAAAAGUUUGACAAGUCACCUAGUAAUACACAUGCACUAACCAUUCGUAGAAUUUUUCUAGUUUUAAGCUUCCAUAAUGACUUGUAAUGUCUUGUUAAUUAGACAAUUGAAGGUCUCAAGUUCUGGGUACCACCAAAGGGAAACCUCUCUGAUUUUAAUACACUUUGAAUUACUUUUAUUAUAGUCUUUUGAAUUGAUUGUAAAAUAAUACUAACUUUGCAUAGCAAUGACAGAUAAGUUGCUUCUCACCCUACUCCCCCUAGAGUUUUUCGCUAAAAAAUUAUGAACCUGCAGUUAGAAAUUAAGUGAUCAGUGAGGUUGCUUAGUAACAACGUAUCAAUGGUACAACGAAAAGUCUUUCUUUUGUCUCAUUGGACGAUGGAAGUCGGAUGCCUUCGUGUAGUCGCCCUAAAGUCAUGAUCUGUUUUUUUAUAAUUUGCUAAGGUACGUUUUCGUACCUGUUGGUUGAUGUUGUUGUGUUAGCCAGAACUUGGGUCAAAGAAGUAAUACAAUUGCGUCAAAAUUUAGGAUCCGUUUACAAAUGAACUUAAUAUAUUUGUCGUGGUGAAUCUUGUACUCGCGAAUGCAAACAUUCUUAAUUAGUUAGGAUUAUUAUAAUAAACUUGGUUUCUAUUUAUGCGUACACCAAAAAAUACGAACAAUUAUCUAAUUAUUGUGAUAAGGUUUAAGAAUAGCCUCUUUGUACAUAUAUUUUUGUAAAAUCAAUUUUAACAUAAGUAAUAAAGAAAUGAACAAGG